AAGGAAGGAAGGAAGGAACGAGCGUGCGAACCGAAGGAAAGCUCAGUCCCUCGCAACCCGCCCCGACAUGGCCACCAUUACCCUCACCCCGCGGCGGCUCUCCUGCCUUCCUUCCCACCGCGGACUGCCCGCUGACGGUAACAGCCCGCCCCCUGUUUAAACGCUGCCCGGGUUCGGAGGAGGAGCGCGAGGGGCGACCAGAUUUUUGUUUCAAAUGGUGGAAACGUUCGGUUUUAAAAAGAGAGGAGAAAAAAAACGGAAAGAGCUCGAACGCCGGUCACGUGACUGGAAGAAAAAAGAAGGUAACGAAGCGCCUUUCCCAAUGCCUGAUCCGUUUCAUCCUUGCGAAAAAAAACAGACGUUGAUUUUCCCCCGCCCCCCAUGACAUUAAUAUCCUUUCUUUUUAUGAAGACGCAUGCAAAAUAAAUAUCAUCGAUUGAAGUUUUUUUUAUUUGCCAGCUUUGGCCCUCGUGAAACCCUUGAUUUGAAAGCAUUUCUCCUUGUCUGCGUUCGCAUUGCUUUUUGCGUGGUGCGUGUCUGAGCAGACGGGCGGGUGACUUCCUUUUUAUAGGGGGGGUUGGGUGGCUGCGCACCGUCCUUUAGCCAAUGACAAUAGCGUCGGUGGAGGUCCUUCGUGAACGGGGCUGGGGCUCCCCGCGAGUUCGGCUGGGAUUUGUAGUUCUACACUAGCCCCAUCAUGGCGGACGACAUCAUCGCGCCUGUUUACUGCGAACUACAACUCCCAGCAGUCACACCGCAUUAAUUUUAGCCGUUUCCAUUGCGUCUGCUCGAUCCGCCAACCAUGUCGACGUGAUCGAACCCGUCCCCUCCUACAUGAUUGGUCGAAAGCUGCGCCGGCGUAGCAUCUCCCGAAGCCGAUUGGUUACUCCGGCCGUCGAUCAUCCAGGGUGGACCGCGGGCUGAGCCGCCUGGUUCGCGCAAAGCUCGAACCCCCGCAUUCGGGAUCAUGGCGGCUGGACUGUCAGUGUUGUGUUGUUCCCGCUCGCUCACCCGUGUGCUGCGGGUGAGCAAAUACACGUCUCUUUCUGCGACCCGUAGAGUUGCCAAGGAGCCGAAGCAAUGGUACUCAGUCGGCAACUUGACCGUGCAGGAGAGAAUCGAGAGGAAGUCUCAAAGGGCGAUGCUAGGAGGAGGUCAACACAGGAUAGAUGCCCAACACAAGAGGGGGAAGCUGACUGCCAGGGAACGUAUCCAGCUGCUCCUGGACCCUGACACCUUUGUAGAAUAUGACAAGUUUGUUGAACACAGAUGCUCAGAUUUUGGUAUGGGCACAGAAGACAAUAAGUUUCCUGGUGACAGCGUUGUGACUGGUCAGGGCCAAAUUAAUGGGCGACUUGUUUAUGUCUUCAGCCAGGACUUUACAGUCUUUGGGGGAAGUUUGUCAGGAGCUCAUGCACAGAAAAUCUGUAAGAUAAUGGAUCAGGCUCUCUUGGUGGGAGCCCCAGUAAUAGGUCUGAAUGACUCUGGAGGGGCACGUAUUCAGGAAGGUGUGGAGUCCUUGGCUGGUUAUGCUGAUAUUUUCCUGAGAAAUGUAUUGACCUCCGGAGUCAUUCCCCAGAUCUCCCUCAUCAUGGGUCCUUGUGCUGGUGGUGCUGUCUAUUCACCUGCCUUAACUGACUUUACAUUUAUGGUAAAGGGUACUUCUUACUUAUUCAUUACUGGCCCAGAUGUGGUGAAAUCUGUUACCAAUGAGGAUGUGACUCAGGAAGACCUUGGUGGUGCAAAAACCCACACUGCAGUUUCAGGUGUUGCACAUAGGGCUUUUGAAAAUGAUAUUGAUGCCUUACUGAACUUAAGAGAGUUCUUCAAUUAUAUACCUCUGAAUAACAAAGAUCCAGCUCCAAUAACAGAAUGUCAGGAUCCAUGUGACAGGUUGGUGCCGGGCUUGGAUACAUUGGUUCCUCUUGAGUCUACAAAAGCAUAUGAUAUGUUGGAUAUUGUCCAUGCGAUUGUGGACGAAAGGGAAUUUUUUGAGCUCAUGCCCAAUUAUGCAAAGAAUAUUAUUAUUGGAUUUUCCAGAAUGAAUGGAUGCACAGUGGGAAUUGUGGGCAAUCAGCCUAAAGUGGCAUCAGGUUGUCUGGACAUUAACUCUUCGGUGAAAGGAGCUCGUUUUGUCAGAUUCUGUGAUGCAUUUAACAUCCCUAUCAUUACAUUUGUAGAUGUGCCUGGAUUCUUGCCAGGAACCAAUCAGGAAUAUGGAGGAAUAAUCAGACAUGGUGCAAAGUUGCUUUAUGCCUUCGCUGAAGCAACAGUUCCCAAAAUUACGGUGAUCACUCGAAAGGCAUAUGGUGGUGCUUAUGAUGUGAUGAGCUCCAAACACUUGAGAGGAGACUUGAACUAUGCUUGGCCAACAGCUGAGGUUGCAGUUAUGGGCGCUAAGGGUGCUGUGCAGAUUAUCUUCAAGGGGAAGGUCAACAAGGAGCAAGCAGAGGCACAGUAUGUGGACACCUUUGCAAACCCAUUCCCAGUAGCAGUGAGAGGUUUUGUCGAUGAUAUAAUUCAACCAGCAACCACUCGAAUGCGCAUUUGUCGAGACCUAGAGAUGCUGGCAAACAAGAAACAGACCAAUCCUUGGAAAAAACAUGGCAACAUCCCUUUGUAACAAAACUUUUAGGAUUAUAUGCAGAUAGCACAGAAAAAAAUUCAUUUCAGGAAAACUCGAUUAUUUAAAAUCAAAUAAAUCUUCAUUUGGUAGCAGGAACUUCUUUUGGGUAUAACAAAUUAACAGAAUAAAUUGUUCUUGUUCUA